CCAAAGUGGCUUCAUCUGUAUAUACACUGCCUGAGAGUGAAACAUUUGCUUUAGCCCCAAAUCCUGGAUCCCCCUGCAGAUUUUUCUACAGGAGAUGCUGCUGCUGCUGCAUUUCUGAGGGAUUACGAAAGCACGGAAAGAGUACUUGUGUGCAUGCCAUGUGACAAACUGCCCAUAAAUAGCCCAGACUGGUUUCCGUUUGUUUUGGAGGAAUUAAAAUCCUCCUCUUCUCCCCCCUUUGGUCAGGAAAUUGCAUGCGAUCUGCGGCAGAGGAGCGAGAGCCUGUUUUGUGGAAUCCUAUUGUGCUGCUGCUGGGGAUGGAAUGUUAGAGAGAGAGAAAAGCAUUAAAGAAUGGCCAUCCGAGAACUGAAAGUUUGCCUUCUGGGGGAUACAGGAGUUGGAAAGUCAAGUAUCGUUAGCAGAUUUGUGCAAGAUCAUUUUGACCACAAUAUCAGUCCAACCAUUGGGGCUUCGUUUAUGACUAAGACUGUUCCUUCUGGGAAUGAGCUACAUAAAUUUUUGAUUUGGGAUACUGCUGGUCAAGAGCGUUUUCACUCCCUGGCACCAAUGUACUAUAGGGGCUCUGCUGCUGCAGUCAUCGUAUAUGACAUCACAAAGCAGGAUACCUUUCAUACACUGAAGAAAUGGGUAAAAGAAUUAAAGGAACAUGGACCAGAGAAUAUUGUUAUGGCCAUCGCUGGAAACAAAUGUGACCUGUCUGACACUAGGGAGGUGACUUUGAAAGAUGCCAGAGAAUAUGCAGAAUCCAUUGGGGCAAUAGUUGCUGAAACCAGUGCUAAGAAUGCCAUUAAUGUGGAGGAACUUUUCCAGGGAAUAAGUAGGAGAAUCCCACCACUGGAUCCCCAUGAGAAUGGAUCUAAUGGAGCAAUGAAACUCGGAAGGCAAUCUUUACAGUCAACAACGAGAUGCUGCUGAUAAGACCAAUGAAGACAUUGCACCAUACCAUGUAGCAAAUAGAAAAGAUCUUUGCAGUGAGCUCUGCACUAAAACAAUGUAGAUUCUGCCUCAUAUGACAUAAAGCAAAAGGACGCAGUGAAAGGUUUUACUAAGAGACAAAACUGAUCUCCAUACAGUAAGAUAUGUGGUUGUUAAAAUGGUCACAGUUAAAAAAAACUGAGUUUACAAAACUUGCAGUAGUUAAGUCCAUUAUACAUACAGUAUGUGCCUAUAUGGCUAAAUUGAAAGGGUUUUUGUAUUCUAGCAAUAACUUAGGGGCUAAUUUAUUGGUUGUUGUAUAUUUUUUUUUUACAAGUGGUACCAAUAGGUGUCAUUACAAUUUGUUCUAGUCCACAACAUAAUUGGUCAAGUUGUUAAUCUCUGCCUGUUUAUUUUUUAACCAGGAUUAACACAUUUGAUUGGUAUUAUUGCUUAGGGAGCUGCUGUCUACUAAGCACUAAUACUGCAUAAAAAUAUAAAUGUAUUCAACUUUUCAAAGUAGCCAAACAGCUGGGAAUCUGUUCCGAAGACUUUCUUAAGAGCACUUUUACAUUUACUCACAUUCCUGAUAUUUUUUCUUUGCUUUUCUUAGACACUUCAAACAUGGUAGAAGUGAAAUGAUUUCACCUUACCAUCUUUUAACCAUAUUUUCUAACACGAAGAAGUACACAUUUAGGGAAAUAAGGAAGCUGUUGUCACAUUCAUUUAGGAAUUAUUUUAAUCCUUGGCAUGUAGGGACAGACCAUUUAAGACAUUUUUUAGGGUAAACAGAGACAGGAAGGUUGGGUAAACAGAGACACUUCAAACAUGGUAGAAGUGAAAUGAUUUCACCUUACCAUCUUUUAACCAUAUUUUCUAACACGAAGAAGUACACAGGGAGGGAAAUAAGGAAGCUGUUGUCACAUUCAUUUAGGAAUUAUUUUAAUCCUUGGCAUGUAGGGACAGACCAUUUAAGACAUUUUUUAGGGUAAACAGAGACAGGAAGGUUGAAUAAUGCCUUAAUUAGCUUCUAUUGGCAAUUUAGCACUUAUAAGUCAGCCUUUUUUUUUUUUAUAAACUACUUUAAAGGGUUUUGGGUGAUUACAGUCUUAAUACUUGCAUGGCAUACAAUAAUACAUUCUGGAGAGUAUUUUCAGUACUGUACAAUAAAACAUACAAUACAAUUGUUAGGUUUGGCAAGGGUGGUCAAAGUUUAUGCAGUAUAGUAUACAAAUAGUAAGUUGUCUACACCGCGUUAGAAUAAGGAUUUUGCUGAUUUUUAAGGAGAUUUUAGUUAAGGUGAUACUAUUAUAAAAAUAGCUGAAACGAUAAAUUUAUGAGAUGAAUUAUUUUAUUUAUGGGAGGGGGGGAUUAAUCCAUGUUUUACUUUUGAAUCCAGUAUGUGGAACUGGAUUUCUUAUUGGUCAUAUGGUUACCUCCUUUAAAGAGAUACUGACACCAGAAAUGUUUACAUCUAUCAUAAAAUUUUCUUUGCAUGCUAUUUAUAAUUUUGCCAUAAAAGUAUUUGCCUCAUGCUUUUACAUUACCCAUCUGAUCGCCCAUCUUCCUCUACGAGGAUUAGAAACUCUGACAAGUUGAGAAUGGACAGUCAGGUUAGCAAAAUAGGUUUUAGGAACUUAAACUUAACAUUUUGAAACAAAUUUUUUUAUGUCAGUAUCACUUUAACAGAGCAGUUCUAUCAAACUUUAAGCACAUGGUACACAUGCCUUUUUGACCACCAUGAUGCUCUUAGACCACCGCAGUUCUGAGAGUCCUUCAGUCGUCAGUAGGCUAAAUGUGCAAUUGCUCUUAUGUCUCAUAAUUUGGAUGUCAUUACAACAGAGUUUUCCUCGAGUCUUGGCAAGUUUGCUAAAUCUCUUUAGUUUUAGGUUUUCAGUUAUAAAGAAUACAAAAUGAUCUGAAAGAGUAUGGGAGAUAAGAAAGGUAAAUGAAAGUAGAGCAAAACAUGGCUUCAGUAAUCCUAAUCCUAAAAUAUGACACAUUUGGAUGAAUGGAUUUCCCACAUUUACCACCCUGCAUGCUGUCAGGAGCAGACCACACUGCAUACAGAGAGAGAUGUGCCAAGAGCUCAGAGCCUUACCAGCAAUUUCUGAGGAAAAUGUUAUUUUUGCACUUUCCCCCACAUAGCCAGCCUUCUCAUCUGCUUGAUUUUCUGCAAGAUAUUGGAUUGCCAAGCCAUUGGUUUGGUGACAUAUCUGGUCCAUUAAGCUGCCAACUCGAUCAUCAGGGAUCCUAAAUUUGUGGGUGGCUAAUUUUGUUGUCCAUUAUGCCGAUGUACUAAUAGGUGAUUAAAGAGUGAACCUCAAAUUAGAUAGAUCAGAGAUAAAUUUGAUUUGAUAAAACAAUUCCAAGAAAGUGAUGGCAGCAUUGUUUUAAUACAACAUACCAAUAAAUGUCUUAAAUAUAUAAUAACUAGAACUGCUUUGGUGCUUGAUCAUAUGGAUUUGUAGAAUUACCAUGCAAUAAAGCAGUUGUAUGAUUAAAAGCAAUAAAAGAUGGCAGGAUCUUUUCUUGAAAAUACUUUACAAAAAAAAUUAGGUUUCACAUUACACCACAGCUCUAGAGAUGGGAUCAGUGAAAUUGACAAUAACAUGCUAUUUAUAUAAGCGUAAGAGCCGCAUUAUAAUAAGGAAAGAUUUCCAUAUCUUUAUUUUUAUUAAUCAGCACUGCCAGUGAGAUUUUCUGCAUGACCAAAAAUGCAUCUUAACUUAUCCAUAUCUUCCUUCUCCAUACAAUUAUAAGAGGAUAAUAAUAAUAUGAUGUUAUUUCCACGAAUAUUUCAGCAUAUAAUUAUAUUAUGCAUUGGUCGACUGAGCCAAUCCAUCAAAUUCUUCAUUUUCCUGUGCUGCCACUGUCACUUUUUCAGUAUACCGUUGUAGGGAUGCACCGAAUCCACUAUUUUGGAUUCGGCCGAACCCCCGAAUCCUUUGCUAAAGAUUCGGCCGAAUA